UACCGGACUUCCGGUCCCAGAACUACAACUGAGUUUUGGACUUCCGUACAGCUCUUGGACCUCAGGAGCCCCAUCAGGGGGGCCCAGGACCUCACGGUGAGCAGGCGGGGCGCGGGAGGCCAAAGGAGCCUGGCUGGGUAGCUGGUUGGAAGCUGAUGUGGGAAGUAGCCUCCGGCUUCGUCCCGCAUUUCUGAUUGUCCCUACCGCUCUAAUCUGGGCGCUGCCCGCCACCCGGCCGAGCCAAGCAGGCAACCUCAGCGCUGCACACCGGGAGCCCAGCGUGGUGUCUGGCACAGAGGAGGCUCCUAGGAAGAUGGCAGAGGGAAUGGGUGAAUGAAUAAAUGAUCAUUGAGUAGAGGAACGGGUUAUCCUAAGCUACUACCGUGUCCGGGAACGAACGCCUGGGGCUUGGAAAUCUUAGACCCGUUGCGAACCCCUGAACCCUGCUGUCCGGAAGCUCAGAAACUUAUCGAGGAACCGUUUUCAUCAUGUGAAACGCCCCGAGUGGGAAGUCUCGAGGCCUAGGUUAUAAUUCAGGUGGGUACAGAGCUUGUUUCUUGCUCCCUGAAGUUGGACUGUCUAGUAGUCCAUGCCUUGUUUUCUUCAUAAGGCUUCAUUGACAGCACAUACGUGAUCGCUUAUAAAUACGGACAUUAAUGUCUUCCAAGGAAAUGCUAGUAUCCAUCGUACACCAAACAUUUAACAUAGUUCAGGGCAAGGCUAUGUAUAGCACCAGUGGUUUGUGGUCUGCAAAAGGGAAGAUGUGUAUGUGAGGUGGAAGUGCUGGAAGAUGUGUAGAUCAGCAGGUUUUGGUGAUAAUUUUUAAACUACAUCUCUUGAGCACUUUGAAGCGGUUUGUUUGAAGCGGUUGUGCUAAUUUACAUAAUUUCACAGUAGCAUGUCUAAUUUUUAAGCAAGGAAAGGAGUUACACAGAAUAAAUAACUUGUCCAAGGGUACAUUGCUAUUAACUUACCCAAGGCUGCAGAAAAAAAUAGAUACAAUGUGCUACUACAACCUGAGUGUAUUAUAAUCCAAGAAUGGCUUCAGAGAUUAGUACAUUUCAGUGUGGUCUUAAUGAAUAGUUUCAAUGACGUGAAAACCCCCACCUAACUUGUCUAUUGAGGGAUAAGAAGGUGGCAGUGGGAGACAAUUUACAAGGUAUGAGAAGGAAGCCAGUUCACUAUUAGGUUACCAGGAUGAGGCUAUUAAAAUCUUCUUUCUUUUUUGCCCGUCACCAAAAUACCUGUCUCCUCAGAUUGGUGAGAUCUUGAAAUCACUCAGUCAGGUUAUUCCAUAUUAGGCAUUGGUAGAGGGGCUUGUGCAUUCCUUGGGAAGCAUAUAAACCUGGCCUUAGCCAACUAUGACCCUUUGAUGAAAUUUGGUCCACUACCUUUUUUUUUUUUUUUGUACCGGGGAUUGAACUCAGGUCCUUGCGCUUGUGCAGCAGGUGGCAAAACCACUGAGUUAAAUCUCCAGCCCCUUCACUACUUUUUAAAGAAAAACUAUCUUAGUGUACCACAGCCAAGCUUAUUCAUUUACACAUUGUCUAUUUCUGUUUUCAAAUUACAAAAAGAAAGUUGAGCAGUUGCAACAAAGAGAAAGAUCUUUUAGCCCAUGAAAUCUAAAAUGUUUACUUUCUUUACAGAAAAUGUGCGCUUCUCCUUCUCUUAGAGGAACUGUUAAUCGAUGGUUCAUGAUUAGAGAAGAGUGCCAUCACCUACGUCUUUCCUGUACAGUCGACAGGCACAGGCCGGGAUGAGAGGCACUACGGACCCUUUGGAUGUAUUCAGCAGGUCCUUCCUGUUUCCAGCCUUUGAGGUCUGGACCCAGGUAAACCACCUCUCUGUCUUCCCUUUUCCUUGUACUAAAGCUGCUAGUUGUGCUUCUCAACUCUGCAUUGUACAGAGAGGUAUUUUGGAAUGAACAGUUGUGAUUUUGGCAUUUGAAACUGCAGAGUAUGCAGAAAUUCUCUGUACUAUUUUUGCAACUUUUUGUAAAUCAAAGUGUAUUUGUUUUCAGCCACAGCAUAUGUCCUCAUAUUGAGCAAAACAGUGUAACUGAUACAACAUCAAGAAGAAAGGACAAUGAGUAUAGCUGUAGUUUGUAUCAGAUAGAGAGGUCCCUAGGUGCUGCAAUCCCGCCUAGAAGUAAAUGCACCAGCCUUCCAGGGAGGCUAUUCUCUCAUGCAGCUUUCAUUAUAAUAACUGACUGAAUGGCUUUUACUAUAUAUUGUACAGGGUGCACUAAUUGCCAUGGAUAUUUCUAUGCAUUUAGUUGUCCUCAUUCUAAAUUUAAAAUAGUUGGAUGUAUUUAUCAAGUGCUUGAUUGUUGGAAAGUAUGUCUAUGUGAGCCUGCCUCUUCUUACACAGCUGACAAGUGGGGUUUGUGAACUUAGGAGUGGCACAUCAGCCCUGAUUUUUGCUGACAGAGAAAUGUUGCUAUCAUGAGAGGGCUUGUGAUUUUGAACAUCUGAAGUAUUUUCCAAUCGAAGCAAAGAGAAGAUUUGUGGAUGUUGAAAAUGCAAGGAGCUGAAGCCAGAAUGACUGAAAGGGAGACUUCCCGAGAUUGGAGUAACAAGCGUGCUCUAGAGCAUGAUGUAUCUGAAAAUGGUUCACCACGGAUCAUAGCAAAGAGACUCCAAGAAGAUGAAUACCAGGAUUUUACACUUGAAGGAAAGCACAGCUGUGAGGGCAUGAAGGAGAACACUCUCAGAGAAGUUCCUGGGCCAUGCCUUUUUCAGAAAGGAAGCUUUGGAGGAAUAACCUUCAUCCACAAAAAUGCACACUCUGAAAUGAUCAGUCAAGAGUAUAACAUUACGAAGAGCUUGCUUUUGACCUCAAGCCUUGUUACACAUCUCAGGGUGUCUACAGAAGGGAGCCUGCAUCAGUGGGAAGCAGGUGACGUACAUGCCAAUGAGAUAUCCAACCAAAGUAAAUGUGUGACUUUUUCCACACAGGAAAAAGCCUGGAAAUGUCAUGAGUGUGGGAAGAGCUUCACUCAGAGCUCGUCCCUCACCCAACACCAGAGGACUCACAGUGGAGAGAGGCCCUACACAUGUGCAGAAUGUGGGAGAGCAUUUAGUUGCAGUUCAUUUCUUGUUCAGCAUCAAAGAAUUCACACCGGAGUGAAACCAUAUGAGUGCAAACAGUGUGGGAAAACAUUUCGAUGCCGAUCAUUUCUUACUCAGCAUCAGAGAAUCCACACUGGGGAGAAGCCUUAUAAGUGUACCGAGUGUGGGAAUUCUUUCUGCAGUCAUUCACAUCUCACUGAACACCAGAGAAUUCACAGUGGAGAGAAGCCAUAUAAAUGUGACAGAUGUGAAAAGGCAUUCCACCAGAACACACAUCUUGUUCACCACCAGAGGAUUCACACUGGUGAGAAGCCUUAUUUGUGCAACGACUGUGGCUCUUCUUUUCGCAAGCACUCAAACCUUACCCAGCAUCAGAGAAUUCACACUGGGGAAAAACCUCAUCAGUGUGAUGAAUGUGGGAAAACCUUCCAAACAAAGGCAAACCUGUCUCAGCAUCAGAGAAUUCAUACUGGAGAGAAGCCCUACAAGUGUAAGGAAUGUGGCAAGGCCUUCUGUCAGAGCCCAUCUCUCAUUAAACACCAGCGAAUCCACACUGGUGAAAAACCUUAUAAAUGUAAGGAAUGUGGCAAAGCUUUUACCCAGAGCACCCCGCUCACCAAGCAUCAGAGAAUCCACACCGGGGAGAGACCGUACAAGUGCAGUGAAUGUGGCAAAGCAUUCAUUCAGAGCAUUUGCCUCAUUCGCCAUCAGAGAAGUCACACUGGAGAAAAACCCUACAGAUGCAAUGAAUGUGGCAAGGGCUUCAACCAGAAUACCUGCCUCACACAGCACAUGAGGAUUCAUACUGGAGAGAAGCCCUACAAGUGUAAGGAAUGUGGGAAAGCCUUUGCACAUAGCUCUUCUCUUACUGAACAUCACCGGACUCACACUGGUGAGAAGCUGUAUAAAUGUAGUGAGUGUGAGAAAACCUUCCGUAAGUAUGCACACCUGAGUGAGCACUACAGAAUUCACACUGGCGAGAAGCCUUAUGAAUGCAUUGAAUGUGGAAAGUUUUUCAGACACAGUUCAGUUCUUUUCAGACACCAGAAACUUCACAGUGGUGAAUGAUUCUGGCACAUAGGUUGUGACAGUUCCUCUUGAGAGAGUGACUAGUAACCUGGCUGGGAGGAGAGGGCCAGGAGGAGAAGCAUGAAGGAUGCUUGGCUGCUCUACUCUGAGGGGUAUACUCCAGAAAUGGGGGUGGGGCUAGGAUAAUACAGAGCCGACUCCAAGUGGACACAGGAAUAUGGGGUAGAAAGGAAAUUCUAACUUUUCAGAUAAGCUUUGUGCCACCAGUCCUGCCUCUCCAUGACUCAAGUCAUUUGUAAGUUAGCAUUUGUGCUUCUCCCAAACUCCUAACCACCUCUCUGACCUUGCUACCUGUAUGCAUCGGAUGGGGAGGGGGUAUGGUCCCUUUCCAAACAGUGUUCGGGUAGCAACAGUUCUGAUACAGGGUUGAGCUAGAGGUAGCUUCCAGAUGCUUAUAGCUUCUUGAACAUACCCAUGUAGGGAGGGUCUGACCUGGGGGAGUGAUCCUGUGAAGGGCAGACAGAAAGAAGUGGAAAACUGUAUUCAUUCAUUCAACAAGGGGAUGGUGGCAAGACCUAGCUUGCUCUAUCCAUGUCCACGUGAAAAAGGCUUGUAUCAGGGUGAGGGAAACCUUUCUGGUUUUCCUUUCAAUCUUAUGGUUCAGUUGGGCUAAGAAGGAAGUAGGAGGUCAAGAGUUUGCCAUUUUCUGGGAAGGCCAAACUGCCUAUAGAGGGUACAGAGGAAAUCCUAGCUGUGUCAUAGAAGAACACUGACUUACCCAGGGGAGGUAUGGUCUCUGGUACAUGGCUGGUGAUAAGAGGCAUCAGAGCUGAGAACCUGCAUGUGACUGUGCAGGGCACAUAGAAAACAAAACCUUGCUGUAGCCUCAGGUGUACACACAUGACUUGAAGCUUGGUCAGGCCCUGGUUCACAGGGACCUACCUAAACUAACUGUCCUACCAAAAGGUGAAAGCAUUAGUGAAGAGGGAGGACUGCCUGUCAGGCUCCCUGGAGUUUGGGGGCUGUGGGGCUGGUCCUUAAUAGAGUGUUGACAUUCAUCAUGGAAUUGUGGGGGAAAGUGUUCUGAAGAAAAUGACCUGUAGGGCUGGGGAUUUAGCUCAGUGUUUUCGCUGCCUGCUGUGCAAGCGCAAGGACCCAAGUUUGAUCCCCGGUACCAAAAAAAAAAAGAAAAAAGAAAAUGACUUGUGUCAACUUUCCAAAAAUCAAGAUAGCACAGGUCUCUACUGACUGUGGUCAUAUUUUAUUUUGAGAAAAACAACUGUUUUCUUAAUGUCCACAGCCCCUUUCAUGCUUUUGGGGGUUUUUUUUGGGGGGGGGGUACCUGGGAUCAGGACCUUGCACUUAUAAGGCAGGCAGCAGAACCACUGAGCUAAAUCCCCAGCCCUCCUUUCAGGUUCUUAUCUAGCACCCAGAAGUUGAGCUCCAGAAAGGAGGAGAGCCUUUGACCAGUACAGUGGUGCCUCGGAUUCCAAACUUAAUUUGUCCUACAAUUUUGGAAAAGAUGGCCACAUUUGUAUUCGUGUGGGAAAGAUGGCCACAGUUGUGUUUGUCACCCAAUGCAGAGUUUGCGAACAAAAACAAAAUUUUGCCAAGUGCUUUUUUCUGCAAACCAAAUUGUUUACAAACAAAAGCAUUCAUGAACUGAGGUACCACUGUAUUUGGAAUAGUUACUAAGCUCUGAAGCAUAUAUAGUUUUAAAAUAUGACUGUUACAAACAACUAAAAUAGGCUGGGGAUUUGGCUCAGUGGCACUGUGCCUGCCUUGCAAGUGCAAGCUCCUGAGUUUGAUCCCCAGUACCAAAAAAACCCUAAAAUAAGUUGAUUCUAGAAGACCUGGUUAUUUGGAACACAGCACUUAUUUUUCUAGCACAUCUGUCCUCUAAGCAUUGGUUUGGGCCAGUGAUGGUCACUUGUGGGAAUGUGGAAGAAAUAAUGCAUUUACUUUCCCGUCUCUAGCAUGAGGAUGGUGUUCUCAAAACCUGCCACAGAGGAAUUUGUAAUUGAGGAAAUUAUUACCUUAUUGACAGAAAUGCCCCUAGGAAAUCUACCUGAGUAUUUUAUAUUCAUGAAAAUAUAUUAAAAUGUCAAUGAGUUUAUACUUUCUAAAUGAAAAUAACACUACAGAAUUAAUUCCUGGCACAAAGUAAAUGUUCAAUAAAUAUUUGGUGAAUUAAUAUAUUUUAAAUCUAUCUUUGCCUUCUAAAAUAAAGGACAUCCUGAUGUGUAGGUA